GAGCGGAUGCACGUUAAGUUUGCAUACAGAGAAACUGGAGUCGGCUUGGCCGUCUCCUAGCAACCAGGGGAAGAGCAGCGAGGAGCGCCGGAGGCUGGAGCUGAAGGAGUGAGCAGAUGAGCGGAGCAGAGCAUGGGGUCGUAGCGGCGCUGCUACCUGACGACAGGAAUUAAAGCUGAAUGCUAGAAGAGUAAAGACCCAUCCGUCCAUGAUGUUUGUGGGAACUUCUGUGGGUAGCAGCCCCACUUGUCCAGUCCCGGCCCACAGUCCUGAUUAUCAGUCAGACGGUCCAUCCCCUCCAUGCUGGUUAACUCAGGCUCGGUGCGACCUCGCCCAGGCCGAGGCCGAGCUACGACGCCUGCAGGAGCGUCACAUGACCGAGACCGAAUCUGUCAAGCGAGGUGUUGAACGAGCCAUAUUGGGAGCAAGGAGAGAAGAGCGCCGCCUGCUGGAGAGGGUGGAGCAGGACCACCGGGACACUCAGCAGCGUCUGGAGCAGGUCCAGAGGGAAAACACAGCAGCUGCCCGGGUCAGUCAGUCCCUGCUGGACCAAAGGCUUCGGAAAGUGGCUCAACUUCAGGAGCGGGUUCAGGAUGCUGGCCAGUCAGUUCUGAAUGAAAGUGUUCCAAACCAGAACCUGCUGCUAAAGGAGGUGGCAGAGUUCCUACAGCCCUGGGAAAUCUCAGUUGCCCUGAAGAAAGUGAACUUCAAACCCAGCCCCCAACCUAAUGCCGUCGCCUUCGGAGACAUUCGGGUGCACGAACAAAGCCUUUGCCUGCAUGUUGGUGGUUGUGGUCCACAGGGACAGAUGUGUGCUCUCCAUUUACAGGAGAUCCUGUCUGAAGAUACAAACCAUCAAGGUUCUGGAACAGAAAAGAGCAAUCAAGGACAGGGCUGGACCUCAUCAACAGGGAGGGUAGUCAGAAAGAUCAGCCUCUCUAACCGGAGUGAUCUGGGUUCAGAGGAGGAACAAAAGAUCUCUGCCGCAAACAUAAAUCGCUGGCUUCCAAAGUGUGAACAAUCUGAGUGGGAAACUUCCCAAGAAGACGAGAUAGAUUCAGGUUCCUUCCAGUCGCAGGGGGAGGAUGCAUUUCUGGCUGUCCCUACGGUGCUAAAAAACAUGGAUACUGAAGGCAAGGAUCAGGUGUACAAGAUGAACAGUAAUGGAAAACAACACUCACCAAGAAACCAGAGGAAACUUCUUUCUGUGCCCUCCAAUAGAAUGCCAUCCUCCUCACCUGAACGAAGACAGGACCAUGCUAAGCUGGGUCACUGCCUGAGCUUAGACAGUCAGAAUGGAGAUAAAGGAAAAGUGAGUCAAGAGUCCAGUAGUAGACUGCUAAGGUACGGGAACAGCGCCCUAGCAUCUCCCAGGAUGACUCCAAGAGACUCUCUGGCCAGCCAAAGCUGCCUCGACCUCACCUCUAGGGGUCGCCCUCACUCUCGCCUCAGCCAGUCCUCGGAUGAACACUCUCUGGGCACACUCGGUGAUUCUGGUAGAGCUCCAUCUCCAACAGACAGCCUUGACUCCAGCUACACCUUCAUUGUCAGCCCGUCUCAUGACUACAGUCUGAACAGAGGCUCUUUGAACUACAGCUGCCGCUUAUCAAAGUCUGCAGUUGACUUGACGCACAAAACACGUCCGCUGAUCAGUGGUGGGACCAAUGAUCAUGGAGUGUGGAAAGCUAAGUGUAGCAACUUCAACUCCAUGUCGAGCUCCACCUCAGCCUCUCCAGCUCUCAGUAGGGGACCUCGGGUUUCUGACAUGGGGCAGACCUCAUCUUACCCGACAUACAGAGGUCAGAAUAUGUUGCACCAGCCACAGAAAAAAGUUGCAGCAGUUGCACUAAAACAACAGCUCGUGGCUCGGUCUUUAUCCAUGUCGGUCAUAGAUGGUUCCUCUCAAGACCCAAGGAGAAGCAGAGGAGAAAGAGGAGAACCAGCACUUGUGGAAUUAGAGGAAGAAGGUGAUCCCUCCUUCUCGCUAUUUAACCCCAGAGACGUCCCUCUCAUUGGGCAGUUUGGAAAGCAAGGUUCGGGUCGGGCUGACCUUACCCUGCCCAGCGGUAUCCAUGCAACUCCCCAGGGCCAACUCUUUAUAGUGGACUGCGGAAAUGCACGUGUUCAGGUGACAGAUCCUCGGGGAAAUGUCCUCCAGCAAGUGACCUCCCCAACUGCUGAUGGUUCUGCCAGACGAUGUCGAAACUACUUUGACAUCGCUGUCAAUGCCAAGGGUCUGAUUGCACUGAGCUGUGCAGCAGAGAGAGCCCUGCUGGUGUUCAGCCGACAUGGCCGCCUGCUCCAGACCUUUGGAGGGUCUGGGUUGGGCUCUGCUAAAGAUGAACUGGAAGCUCCCAGAGGUGUGACUGUGACCAGGCUAGAUGAGUUCCUAGUGGCUGAUAUCCGGAAAGGUACCCUCGUUGCCCUGAAGCUUGAAACUAAGACUGGCUCCCGUCUGGAGCGCACAGUGGUGACCGGAUUCCACAGACCAUACUUAGUGGCAGCCUGCUUGAGCUCAGGCAUGAUAGCAGUGUCCGAAAGGGGCAACGAAACAGGCCGAGUGCCUUGUGUCAAAGUCCUGGAGCCAGGAUGGAACACGGUGAGGGUUCUGGGUGUAUGUGCCGGCAUGGGGCCAGUCCUGGCCUGCCCCUGGGGUAUCUGUAUAGAUACAGAUGGUAAUGUGUUGGUGGCAGACUGGGGGGAGCAGCACAGAGUCCUGUUAUAUCCUGCUCAGGGAACAGGGUGGCCCAUAGUAAACCAGGGCUUGAGUAGUCCUCGUGGCCUGACGCUGUUACCUGAGGGUCAGCUAGCCGUUUCAGACAGCAUGCAUCACUGCAUUAAGAUCUACCAGUACAAAGCAGCCCGAGACUAGAAAGAGCUGACAUGUAAGGAGACACAAUGUUCAAAGAAAACUAUCUCAAAGGAAAUCAGCCACAUCUGAAUAAUAACUAUUAAAUCAACAAUUAGCUGCAGCUCCUGGACUCACACUAAACUUCUGAAAUUAGACUGACAAAUAAUGUUUUGGUGACGGGUCCAGCUGGACUGGAGGAGUCAUGAGUCUGCCUGGAUUUGAAAGUCAAAAGCUAUCCAUUCAUCAUUAAAGCAGAAAACUAUAAAGCUAAGCUACAGAGAGAAAACUGAGCAUCCACAGCCUUCACUUUCAGCGUGCUAGUUUGUUUUUGCUGAGCUGCUCAGAAGCAUUCAGGCUCAGAUAGAAUUACUGUUUAUUUCUGACGGUGGUUUGUAGAUUAGAGUUCAGUUAGAGUCUGCUCAGUGUCUGUGUGCUGCUGCUGUGAUACCAGAGCUGCUAACAUUCAGGCGAUAACUGAGGUCAGCAUUCACUGGAGUUUUAAUACUGUCAAACAUGAAUGCACAAACAUCUGCUACUAUAAUUUAUUACACUUUUUAAAGAAGAGAGAGAAUUUGAAGUGGUGGGACAGAGAUUACUUUGUGUUCCAGUGUGGUGUUUUUAUUUUGAUGUGUUUGAACCAAAAGGAUUUCUGUGUUUCAACUGAACCUAGUCAUGAUUAGAUUCAGGAAGUCCUUCAAAUUCUACGAUUUGUCUCGCUGUCACUGAUCUUCACUGACAGCGAGCGGCACUCAGAGGCUUCUUUCAGUCCUCCCACUCCCCUCUUUUACCACAAGUGUCUGUCAUGUAAAUCUACCGCUCUUUGAUGGAUCUGUAUUUAACACAGGGAUACGCUGAUGCCUUCAAGUACUCGUGGGUGAAGCGUCGACAGUGAGCCAGACUGCCAUCCAGAUUUUCUUCAGUGAGAUGUGUCUGUGCGUUGCAGAUGUUUUAUUCAGGAAAUCACCGCUUAUUUGGGAUGUGGAGUUAUUAGGUGUAUGUUUAUGCAGAUAAUUUGCUGCAGUUUGUCACUUUUACACAAUCAGGAGUUUUGAAAUCGCAUCACACAUGACAGGAUGUUAUUGAAAUGAGUUGAAAUGAGUUUUGCGAUCUGUAGCUAAUGUCAGCAGCAGUGCUUGGAAACAGAUUCUCCAAGGUGCUCUGGACAGUAGUGUGAUGAUCAUAACCAUCCAAAUUAUUGACUCAAAUAAAUCAAACAUCUUUAAUAUUAUCGAAUCGGACUUGAUCAGUUGGGUCAAACGUGGAAACUUGGCCAGAAACUCAUGACAUGUGAGCCCUUGUUUUGUCCAGUACCACUCAGAUAAUUCCAAACAUUGCAUUCAUUUUAUUAACCAUGCUAAUGUAUCUUAGAUUUGGUUUCACAUAUUCAACCAAAGAUAGACUUUUGUACUCUUUAACAGUAAAACAACUAACAUGUGUCAUUUAGUUUUAGCUUAAAUAAUGCAAUUCUGUCAUUUAGAAGUUUUAGAAAUGGAAAUAUUUAUGGGUUAGACAGUUUUUAUCCUUCAACUGUUAUAAAACUAUAAAUCCCCAGGCAGUAACAAUGAGGUUUUAACCUUCCGACAGUAGAAGUAAAUGAUUAGUCGUUCUUAAAUACAGCUUAGACGUUGAUGCAUCCAUAAUUUAAUGCUGAGGUAAUCCUUCACUAUCUGUACUUACUUUUAAUACGUCCGCUUUUAUAAACUCUCAAUCCUUUCUACUUUUUAUUAAGUUAAUUUUUAAAUUCUGUUGCUGUAUUGGUAUGUUUAACUGACAAAACCACUGAAGUGCUUUUCUGCUGCUUGGAUUCCAUCCAAAGUGUUUUCAUCCCUCUCUUAGAUAAAACCAUGACAUUCUAAAAACAGAAACAAUACGCUGGAAGGCUUCCAGCUGCGAGUGUGAGCUAUUAUCCAAAAAGACAAGCUUGUUACGUCUUGUCAUUUUUACUUUCAUGACUGUAAACAUGUUUAUUCAUGGGAAAUCUGCAGCUUUAAUGAUGUGCAUGUUAAAAAGAAUUUAAAAAAAAAUAAAAAAUAAGGUUGAAAUUUAGUUUAUUGUGAUAUUUUCCUCAUUAGGCUUUGCUAUGGGUCAUAACACAAAAGA